UAAACAUUAGAGGGGAUCAGAAAACACUCAGAGCUCAGUGAUCCACACACAACAAGCAAGAUGAGUGCUGUGCUGAAGCUGCUGCUGCUGGCGGCAGUGACUCUGCUGGUUUCUGCUCAGGGAUGGAAUAACUACCAGAGCUUGCCUGAUUUAUACAGAACACACAUCGACAAGGCACUAUACAAUGCCAAUAGAAAAUUUGGGGGUCCUUAUCAUGUUGCCUAUGAAAGCCUCUUGCCAAACCUGAAAAUUAAAGAUGACGUCUAUGUAAAUGUGCGUCUGAUGGUCACAACAUGCAGGAAGGAUGAACAGAAAGGAUUUGGACAUAGAAAAGAGUGUGUUACAAAAAAACCUAAAACGCCCUGGAUUGACUGUGUCGUGUGUAAGCCAAAAAAUGGUGAAGAACUAAUUGACUGUGUGAGACAAAUGGAUGCUGAGAAUAGCGCAGCCAUUCGAAAAAAGUGUUCAGGUUACUUCACUGGAGGUGAAUCAAUAAUGUUUCAGAAAGGUGAGAAUGAUGAGCCGCGGAUUGGAUGUCCUGGAUGCGUUUGACUUUGAGACCCCUGAAGCUGCAUGUAUGGUCCUGGAAACACACAAAUUACAGCUGUAAUUGAAGUAGAAAAUGUAGUGAUGAUUGUAUAAAAUCAGCUACUUAUAGACAUAUGGUUCAAAUCUACAUAUGAAAAUCAUUCAUACAUUUGGGGCGAAUUGCUUUCAAUAAAAGAAAAUUUUAAGUUUA